CGCAGUGCUCGGGCUCCGCUUGUUGUGGCUGCAGCGUCCGCCCGAGUUAUUAGCUCAGGGCGAGAGCACCGUCCGUCAGCCGUCAACUUUCACAAGUCACGCUUGUACCUGAAAGACGACAACAGUGUUAUAUCCGCGUCUUGGCUGCAUGGGAGUUCCCUGGGAGCGACGAAGGGAGAAGACAGUGCUGCUGGUCCUGGCUGUUCAGCAGGAUGAGUGAAGCAGAGAGUCAGUUCUACAGCGUCCAGGUGGGAGACUCCACCUUCACGGUACUCAAGCGUUACCAGCAGCUUCGGGCCAUCGGCUCAGGGGCUCAAGGCAUUGUCUGCUCUGCUCUGGAUACCGUCCUCGGUAUACCUGUGGCAGUGAAGAAGCUAUGUCGGCCCUUUCAGAACCAGACCCAUGCUAAACGCGCCUACAGGGAGCUGGUGCUGCUCAAGUGUGUCAAUCAUAAAAAUAUCAUCCGUCUGAUCAAUGUUUUCACGCCUCAGAAGUCUCUGGAAGAGUUCCAGGAUCUUUAUCUAGUGAUGGAGCUGAUGGAUGCCAGCCUAUGCCAAGUGAUCCACAUGGACUUGGACCAUGAGAGGAUGUCCUACCUUCUCUACCAGAUCCUUUGUGGCAUCAGGCACCUGCACUCAGCUGGUAUCAUCCAUAGGGAUCUGAAGCCAAGCAACAUAGUAGUGAAGUCAGAUUGUACUCUGAAGAUCUUGGACUUCGGCUUGGCAAGGACGGCCUGCACUAACUUCAUGAUGACGCCCUACGUGGUAACAAGAUAUUACCGCGCCCCAGAGGUCAUUCUGGGCAUGAAAUAUAAGGAGAAUGUGGACAUCUGGUCAGUGGGGUGUAUUAUGGGAGAGAUGGUAAAGGGCAGCGUCAUCUUCCAGGGCACCGAUCACAUCGACCAGUGGAAUAAAGUGAUUGAGAUUCUGGGCACACCCAGUCUGGAGUUUAUGAACCGACUGAUGGAGACCGUGAGGAACUAUGUGAUGAACAAACCACAGUAUCCAGGCGUCAGCUUCGCUGAGCUUUUCCCGGACUGGGCAUUUCCUUCUGAGUCAGAACAUGACAAACUAAAAACUUGCCAAGCACGGGACUUGCUCUCCAAAAUGCUGGUCAUCGAUCCUGAAUCCCGUAUCUCAGUAGAGGAAGCCCUCAACCACCCCUACAUUCACGUAUGGUACGACCCCGGAGAGGCAGACGCGCCUCCUCCCCAGAUUUCAGAUAAGCAGCUUGAAGAGAGAGAGCACACCAUCGAGCAGUGGAAAACACUCAUUUAUGAAGAGGUGAUCGACUGGGAGGAGAGAAACAAGAAUGGUCUAAUGAAAGAAGAUUGCUCAGAUGGAGCGUCAGGUUCAGCCUCCCAGUCCUCCUCUGCCAACGACAUCUCGUCCAUGUCCACAGAGCACACCUUGGCAUCCGACACGGACAGCAGCAGCAUCGACACACUGACGGGACCACUGGACGAGAGUCAGUGAACAUCCUCUGCUGACACGUGUGUCGGUCUGUCUGCCCAUCGCAGUUCUCUCAUUCAUUAAGGUGUCAAAAUAUCCCUCAACCAUCACCCUCCAUUUCACUUUGUCAUGUUUUUAUUCUUUACUUUUUAAACUUCAAUGAAUAAGUUGCCUUUUUUUUCUUCUUUUUUUUGCUCUUGGUCUUCAAACUUUGGGUUGGACUGUUGCCUAGAGGUCAAAGCUAUCUAUGCUGUCUGUUGUGUCAAAAGGUUUUGUUUUUUUUUUCUUUUUUCCCUCUCCUUUCUUGUUUGUGGACAUUUUAACUUGUUCAUUUACACAGUUAAUGGAGCAUUCAUCCAUAUUGAGUUUUCAGGUUACCAGAAGUAGGUGAACGAUUGUUGUUUUCAGUAUUUUAAUCAUUUUAUUUUUACGAAGUAUUAAGUUGAGAUGAAAUGUUAUUGUCAUUAAAUUAGAGGAGACGUGCACUAAAGCUAGACCACAGCCGCUAGCUGCUAUGCUACGCUCAUGCAUGUUACGCCAAAAAGAACAAAAGCUUGUCAACCAUCCGAUGUUCAUCUGAUGAUCAAACGCCGAUCAUAAGUUUGAUUGACUCUCGAGCACGCGCACAGUAUCGCAGAUCUCGCCGCUGUGGUGGGUUUUCAUUCAUUUGCAUGAGUGAAGAAGAUUUUGAGCUUUUACUCCUGACAGCUAGGGGGAGCUGUGCCUGCAGUGUUACACUUCUGUUUCCUGAUACAAUCUAACAUGCAAAGGUGUCAAGAUCUGACACUCACAGGGGGGUAGACCCUCUCAUUACAAAUGCCUACAGUGUGCCUCUUCUGUUAAGACAUUCAACAUAUCUGUUGAACUUUCUACACAUAGCAAGAAAACAUUGCAAUCAGCCCCUCUGCACUUAAGGUACAGACUAUCAGUUUGUUUGUUUUUUUUAAUCAAAAACAGAUCAUAGCAAUCUGAAAGAGGCAUAAUGAUGCUUGUAUUUAUUUUUUGUUCUUGCAAAAUGUUGCACACUAACCACACGGAAGCCCAUGAACAUUGAACAUCUGGACACGGGCUGCACCUUCUUUAAACCAUUCCAUUAGUGCUGGUUACAAAAUGAAUCCUGAAAUCAGACAACACGUAGAAGACAUGUAAAGGCAGUAAAACACAGGAGUUGUGUUUAGCUUGCAUGUGGGCUUCAUGCCUGUAAGAUACUGUAAGUCUUGUUAUAAAUAGAAAUCUGUUCAUGUCUGUUUUCACUCACAGUACCUUGAUGCUCUUGGUUUUCAAAGAUGUUUUAUUUUUGCCUUGUAAGCCUAAAUGUGUGUAUGUGAUAUCAAAAUGUACUGUGGAGCACUCUUCUUAAUAUAUCAUUUGUCACCGGUUUAUACAAGGAAAGUUUAUGGAGCAUAGGCAUGGGCCGGCAUGAGGAUCAACUUCAGCAAAAAUAUCACCAAAUUCCAGUUCUAUAAUUAUUAACUGAGAGCAAUACUGAACAGAGACUAUGGGAUUUCAAUUUUGCAGAGCAGGGUGCGAGUGUUCAAUUCAAGUGUUGAUUUAAACACACACACUCACUGCUCAUUACCACUUGCUGAUGUAAUGUUCGUUAAUGUUAAUUAAUCAGCCACUUUAUCCACUCUGAUAACAUAACUGCUGUAUUUAUUUCACCAUUGCACGCAUAUAUACAUGCAGACAGCGUUGCAUAAGAUUUGGCAAAGACCGAUGAGGGUUCCUCAUGUAGAUGUGGAUUCAUGCGUCUAAAAUAUGGCCUGCAGAUCGAAUUGCCUUCCGCCUGCAAGCUGUGUCCGUCCGGGGGUCUUCAGUAACCAAUCAUUGUCAUGUUGCUGACAAGAGGACAAGUGCUGGUGACUCCUCUUCCUCUUCCCAGCCACCAUGAAAGCCAAGUAAUGCUUGCCGUUCGCACAACCAGGUAGGGUGGGGUUGCGUUCCUUAGCGCUCCACAGUGAUCCCUGCAUUCAUAACUUGAGACAAAAGAUACAUUUUCAAAUAUGAUAUACCGUGAUUCCAGUAACCAGCCCAUGCCUAACGCAGAAAGUUUGAAGAGCAACAAACAGCUGACUUGUGGUUUUUAAAAAAAAAUUUGGAAAGAAAAAAAAAACGGGAGAAAAAAGAAAUGGAUGAAUGAGGCUGCAGAGCCUAGAUAUUGUAGUUCCACCUGCAACUCAAGAUCAAAACUUCAGAAAUGGACUGCAGAGCUGUGUUUUUUGUUUGUUUUUUUUUGUUUUUGCGUAAAUGAUUGCACAGUGUGAUGGACAUGCAGAAAGAUGACACUAUAGGAAUCACUGAGGACUCGAACACAACCGUGACUUUAUUGUUUCUGUCAUGCCUCCCGUGAGUUGAGGAGAGGCCCGAUCAUUCUGUAAACCUUAGCAGAUAAGGACCGAGCAUCAGAGAUGCACAGAUAUCCUGUGUGAUUGCCAUGACAACAAUAUGAUCACGUGGCCAACAUCUUUUUCCCAUAAUUCAAAACUAAUAAAGUGGACAUCAGUGAUUCUGUUUUUCCUUUUAU